ACAAAAACAUCAGCGUUUUCUCAUGCGUCCGGUACUGAUACCGAUCAAGCAUCAGUUGGCCAGAUUUCGGGCCAUCUUAGCUUUGUAGAAUGGUCACGUCUCAACCCCGCAGACGCCGAUCUGUUUGGCCUGCUCGUCAAGGCUGUCGGGCUGUGGGCACGUGCUCACGAUCCCAGCUCCGUUGUCCGGCAGUCUUUUUUGUUAGGAGCAACUGCAGCUGCCAGUCGUGAUAUCACUAUGCAGUAUACACAUGAUCUGUUGCACAAAGCUGGCUAUGAUAUUCGGCGAGCCGUGCAUCUCCUUUUGCCGAGUAGGCCGAUUAUCCCUUAUACUACUUACAAUGAAUCAGUUGUGAUCUUUUUUAUUUAA